AUGUAUUGUAUUAAUAAUAAAAAACGUAAUAGAUACGAUUUACAACAUCAUACUAAUGGAUUAAUCGAUUUAGUAACACCAGAUCAACAUAUUUCCAUGAAGAAUCAAAUACAUUUAGAAGGAAGAAAAAUUUAUAUUUGUAAAGAAAUUAAUGAGACCAUUCUUUUACAAGAGAUGAUUAUACAAGUUAUGAAUUUGAAAAAACGAUAUAUUGAAAGUAAAGAAGUAAAUUAUCAAGUUGUACUAGGUCCCAAAGGCAAUCAAAUAUAUAUUGAAAACAAUAUUCAAUUAGAGACCAACAUAAUAACUCAAAUAAUUCAAGAAAUUCAAACCAAUUUAAAUAUAUUCAAGAUGUCUCUUUUAAAAGAUAAUUUAUUUAACGAUUAUCAAUUCCAAAUAAAUGAAGGUAAUUUGACUAUAUUCAGUGAAAGAGAUAAUUUCAUAGAGACUGUUGAUUUAUUUAAUGAUAAAACAGGAAUGAAUAUGAAAAACACUGUCACAAAUUAUAAUAUAGAUUAUAAAUUCUCAAAUGCAAAUAAAUUAAUGGCACAAUUAAUAAUUGAGAUACCUCACUGUAAUUAUUAUGGUGAUAAUAAUAAUAAUAGCAACAACAGUAAUAAUAAUAGUUCAUACAAUAUAUCCGCCUUUGACGAACCAGAAUAUCUAUCAUGCUAUUCUAGGGAUACUCAAGAAGAUCCUACUUAUCGAGCAUUAGAACAAAUACGAUUGGAAUAUAUGCAUAGGCAAAAUAUCACUUCAAAACGUAUGAGAUGUCAAUAA